AUGGGAGAUGAAGAGUCCUUUGAUUCAUUCUAUGGAAAGUUCAACGAAAUUGUGAUUGUGAAGCUCAAUCUUGGUGAGAAGAUUGAGGAUGCUAAGGUGGUGAGAAAAAUUUUGAGGUCCCUACCGGAAAGCUUUCGAGCGAAAGUUACAACUAUAGAAGAGAGUAAAGACUUGAAUGAGAUCAAAAUCCAAGAGCUAAUCGGAUCUCUUCAAACAUAUGAGCUUGGACUGCCCUCUCAUAAGACAAGUAAAUCUCUUGCUCUUAAAACCAUCACCGAAAGAAUGAAUGAUUCCUUCGAAGAAGAUGAAGUGGAAAAGGAUGUAGUAUUUCUGGCAAAGAACUUUCGGAAAUUUCUGAAGAUGAAGAACAGUGGGAAACCGUUCAGAGGAGGGAAGUUCUCAUCCCCCAAAGGUGACAGGAAGGAGUUUAAGAAGAAAGAAGGAAAGGAUUCCCAGUCUCCUCAUGGAAUUGUGUGUUAUGAAUGCAAUGGCCAUGGACAUCUCAAGAAGAAGUGUCCCAAUUAUCUAAGAGGAAAGGGCAAGGCGUAUGCCACAACACUUAGUGAUUCGGAUUCUUCAAAUUCUGACUCUGAAGAGAGUUGUGAUGGAGAAGGGAGCUACUCCACAUUUAUGACUAUUGCUCAUGUUGAAUCUUCAGAGGAUUUGAACUUGCUUGUACAAGAACUUGGGGAUCAUACCGGCCUUCAAGAGAACUACAACUCACUCCUUGAGAAAUCAAGAGAGUAUACAAGGAUAGCCAAGGCAGCCAUAAAGAAGAUGAAAAAGGCAGAGGAGGACUAUAAAAGUCUUUUAGCACGGUAUAAGGAGGCCAGGUGUGAGAUAGAAAUGAUGAAUGGUGAGCUGACUGAAGCUUAUUCAAAAAUCAAAUUUCUUGAGCUAAAGGUAGUGCAAGCAAAUGCCAAGAUAGAGAGGGUAUCCACGAAGAAGCUAGAUGAUGUUAUUUCAUCUCAAAAACAUUUCUCCGACAAGUCUGGGUUAGGAUAUACUGGAGGGAGUAGCUCAUCGGAUAAUGUCACCAAAGAAGUGAAGUUUGUGAAGGCCAGAGAGCCGGUUGUUGUCUCUACUCCUGAGAAAGUAACGGAUGAAACGAAGAAGAAUGUGGCUGACCAACGGGUGCUGAACAAGUCUUGUAACCAAUCAGUGGUUAGAACUGAAGCCAAAGGAAGAUUACCUCCGAAAUCACAAAGAAGUCUGAGAAUGAACCAUGUAUGUCAUCAUUAUGGACUUCAAGGACAUACAAGACCAAAUUGUCAUAAGCUGAGAGCAUUGAAUAAUGCUAGGGAUCAAAGGUCAAGAGGACCAAGAGAUAAUAGGAGGAAUUGGACUGUUGGGCAACCAUGA